CAAGCCAUUCGGCCCCAUAUUGACCAUAAAACAAACGGCCGUAGUCUCAGAAGCAAGCACCAAGAUAUUCUCCAGCACAAGCAAUCCCUGUCAGAAUGGCGCAGAAAUACACCGACAUUAUUGUCACGGUUCAAGACGGCAUCGGUACGAUCAAGUUCAACCGGCCCAAGCAACUCAACUCCUUUGGUGGUACCCUCAUUGAAGACACAAUCGCCGCCCUGCGAGAGCUGGACAACCACCCAGAUACCACGUUCACAGUCAUCACAGGCGAAGGCCGCUUUUUCGCCUCAGGAGCCGACGUCACUGGAAUCGCAGGCACGCCCCAAAACUUCAAGAACGAUGGCGAGAAGAAAGUUUUCUGGGUUCAGCGAUUUGCUGUCGGAAUGGAACUGGUGCGAGCCAUGAUCGAUCACAAGAAAGUGCUCGUGACGGCGAUGAACGGUCCUGGUGUCGGUGCUGGAGCUGCUUGGUUCCAAGGAUCGGCUGAUCUACUGUAUGCUGCUGAGGGAGCGUGGCUGCAGGUGACGUUCUCGCAGAUGGGGUUGGUACCUGAGAACGGAGCUGCGGUAAACUGGGCGCAGAGCAUGGGUGUGCAUCGUGCGAACGACUGGCUGUUGUUUGGUGGCAAGGCCACAGUGGAGGAAUUGAAGGAGGCGGGCCUGGUGAACAAGAUCUUCCCACAGAAGACUUUCCACGCGGAUGUGCACAACUACCUGAAGGAGAUGCUGAAGGAGAGAAGCGGCAAGUCGAUGAUGGAGAUGAAGCGACUGCAGAACAAGGGGACUCGUGACGCGCGAAUUCUGUCGUUGUUCGAGGCUUGGCAGGCGUUGAGCGAGAGAUUUGUGGAUGGUGAGCCGAUGGUGAGGAUGAAGGCCAAGAUGGACGAGCUGGCUGCGAAGAGAAAGGCCCGUGAAUCGAAGAUCUAGAGGUGGAAGUUCUGUACUGAUCGAUUUCCAAAAAUAUGCUGAAUGUUGCAUAGUUGCUGGCGAGAUCGGAGGGCACAUGGCCCUGGCUCGAGCACCUCACUUCAUGUCUCUUCGACACUAACGCACACUUACCUUCGCGAUCAGAUGCACUUCUGCUAUGUAUAGCUAUGAUCAAACCGGACAGGUGCCAUUGAAGUUGGCCUGCCCAUCGUCACAGUUUCCUUCUCAUA